UUAACGGCCUUUAAACCCGGGUCCUCCUACAGCCCAGUUGAUAACUCUCAAGCUCUCAAUUCUACUCGCUCACAAUCCAUCGAUUCAAUGAAGAUCACCAUUUGCAGCAAAACCUUAUCCUUCCUCUUCAUUCUCUUCCUCACAGCCUUCUUCUCCACGCCAAUAUCUGAAGCCUGCCAUGCCAUUGAUAAAGCGGCACUACUUGAUUUCAAGCACAAGAUCACCUCCGACCCUUCAAAUCUCUUGAAGUCAUGGACAUCUACCUCGAAUUGCUGCACUACUUGGGAAGGCGUCGCCUGCGACUCCUCUGGCAGAGUCGUCAAUGUGUCGCGUCCAGGGCUUAUUGCCGGCGAUGACUUCAUCACUGACACCUCCAUGUCCGGAACUCUAUCUCCUUCUCUUGGAAACGUGUCCUUCCUUCGGUUUCUUGAACUCAGCAAUCUCAAGGAGUUGAUGGGUCCUCUGCCACCAGAGCUGGGCAAGUUGUCGCAUCUCACCCAUCUCUUUCUUGACGCAAACAAGCUCAAUGGCUCCAUACCCACAACGUUUCGACACCUUGUUCGGCUGCAGAAGCUGUAUCUUGAUAGCAAUUACUUGUCUGGUGUUCUUCCUUCAACUGUCAUUGAAACUUUAACAUCGCUCUCUGAACUGGGUCUUUCAGGAAAUCAGUUUUCGGGUUCGGUUCCGUCUUCGAUUGGCAAGUUGGUUUUGCUUACUAAACUUGAUGUCCAUGGAAACAGGAUCUCUGGUAGUAUUCCUCCAGGUAUCGGCAAGCUGAAGAGUCUCAAGUAUCUUGAUUUAUCUGAAAAUGGCAUAACUGGGAGUCUUCCAUCGUCGCUGGGUGGGCUUUCCGAAUUAGUACUACUCUAUCUCAACCAUAACCAGAUCACUGGAAGCAUUCCUUCUUCAAUUUCCGGACUCAGUUCUUUGCAAUUCUGCCGGUUGUCAGAAAAUGGGAUCACUGGUGGUUUACCGGCGUCAAUUGGCAAGCUCUCAAAGAUCCAAAGGCUAAUCCUAGAGAACAACAAGCUCACCGGAAAACUGCCCACAACCAUCGGCCAUCUCACCUCUCUUACUGACAUAUUCUUCUCCAAUAACUAUUUUAGUGGCAAGAUACCUUCAAGUAUCGGUAAUAUACAAAACCUUCAGACGCUUGAUUUAUCGAAAAACCUACUCUCUGGUGAAAUUCCCCGUCAGAUUGCUAAUUUACGCCAGUUACAGGCCUUAGAUUUAUCGUUCAAUCCGCUCGAACUCGAAAGCAUUCCAACCUGGUUUGCGAAAAUGAAUCUUUUUAAGCUCAUGUUAGCUAAAACUGGGAUUGCGGGGGAGCUUCCAAGCUGGUUAGCUUCAUCACCCAUAGGUGUACUUGAUUUAUCUAGCAAUGCAUUAACAGGGAAAUUGCCUCAUUGGAUAGGGAACAUGACCAACCUUUCGUUCCUCAAUUUAUCCAACAAUGGCCUCCACUCUGCGGUACCAGUUGAAUUCAAAAACCUUUCGCUGCUGACGGAUCUCGACCUCCACUCAAACAACUUCACUGGACACCUGAAAACGAUACUGACGAAAAGCGUUCAAUUCGCACUUGGCCGGUUUAACUCCAUUGAUCUUUCUAGCAAUAUGUUCAUGGGUCCCAUUGACCAGAACAUUGGAGAGAAGCCUUCAACCGCCUCUAUCCAAUCCCUGAUUUUAUCUCACAACCCACUGGGAGGGUCCAUACCCAAGUCGUUAGGGAAACUGAGGGAAUUGGAGGUAGUGGAGCUCGUGGGUAAUGGGCUUUCGGGGACAAUACCAGUGGAGCUCAGUGACGCCAAGAAACUGCAAACAAUUAAGCUUUCGCAAAACAAGCUGAGUGGGGGCAUUCCGUAUAAAGUGCUGAAUUUGGAUGAGCUUCAACAAUUCAAUGUAUCCCAAAACCAGCUGAGUGGGAGGAUCCCUCCACACAAAGCCCAAUUCCCUCCAUCUGCCUUCAUGGAUAAUCCCGGCUUGUGUGGUGCUCCACUCCCACCUUGUAAGCACUCCUAGUAUCUUUCUACAUCGCUUUUCUUUGUUUUGGUUGUCAUCCAAUUUCAGAACAAUGCCCCCUGAA